CUUCAAGGAGUUCAAAUGCACCUCCCUAAAUCUGUGCUGAGAGCGAAACCACUGACAGCUACACCCAAGAAUGAAGAGCUACGCAACUUAUCGCUUUCGGGCCACGUCGGAUUCGACAGUCUUCCUGACCAGCUGGUCAACAAAUCCACCUCUCAAGGAUUCUGUUUCAACAUCCUGUGUGUGGGUGAGACGGGUAUUGGCAAAUCCACGUUGAUGGACACUUUAUUCAACACCAAGUUUGAAAGUGACCCCGCUACUCACAACGAGCCAGGUGUCCGGUUAAAAGCCAGAAGUUACGAACUUCAGGAAAGCAACGUACGGCUGAAGCUGACCAUUGUCGACACGGUGGGAUUUGGAGAUCAGAUUAAUAAAGAUGACAGCUACAAGCCUAUAGUGGAAUAUAUUGAUGCCCAGUUUGAGGCCUACUUGCAAGAGGAAUUGAAAAUUAAGCGUUCUCUCUUCAACUACCAUGACACAAGGAUUCACGCCUGCCUUUACUUCAUCGCCCCCACGGGCCACUCCCUGAAGUCCCUGGACCUGGUCACCAUGAAGAAGCUAGACAGCAAGGUGAACAUCAUUCCAAUAAUUGCGAAAGCGGACACCAUUGCCAAGAACGAAUUGCACAAAUUCAAGAGCAAGAUCAUGAGUGAACUCGUCAGCAACGGAGUCCAGAUUUAUCAGUUCCCCACAGAUGAGGAAACAGUGGCCGAGAUUAAUGCAACCAUGAGCGUCCAUCUCCCCUUUGCAGUGGUUGGCAGCACUGAAGAAGUGAAGAUUGGCAACAAGAUGGCCAAGGCCAGGCAGUACCCUUGGGGUGUGGUGCAAGUGGAGAAUGAAAACCACUGUGAUUUCGUGAAGCUGAGGGAGAUGCUGAUCCGUGUGAACAUGGAGGACUUGCGAGAGCAGACGCACACGCGCCACUAUGAGUUGUACCGGCGCUGUAAGCUUGAGGAAAUGGGCUUCAAGGACACCGACCCCGACAGCAAGCCCUUCAGUCUUCAGGAGACAUAUGAAGCAAAAAGGAACGAGUUCCUGGGAGAGCUGCAGAAGAAGGAGGAGGAGAUGAGGCAGAUGUUUGUGAUGAGAGUGAAGGAGAAAGAGGCGGAACUGAAGGAGGCUGAGAAAGAGCUUCACGAGAAGUUUGACCUCCUGAAGCGAACACACCAAGAGGAGAAGAAAAAGGUGGAAGACAAGAAGAAGGAGCUCGAGGAAGAGGUGAGCAACUUCCAGAAGAAGAAGGCAGCAGCUCAGCUUCUGCAGUCCCAGGCCCAACAGUCUGGGGCCCAGCAAACCAAGAAGGACAAGGAUAAGAAAAAUGCAAGCUUCACAUAAAGCCGGGCGAGCCAAGGACGCUCCCGCACUCACCUGCUUUGGCAGUGAUAGCGCAUCUCUGUCGUCUGUACCCUGUUUGAUUUUGUGUUGCACCCUUCCCCACACACCAGUAACCCUUAGCUCAUUUUGCUGAAUGUUGUCGGGUGAUAGAAAACCGUAGAACAAGGGGGUAACAGCAAAUGCUCUUACGGCUGGACUGGGUUUCUGGAAAGUCGAUGAUUUGCCUCGUAUACCUGUUCCAAGUGGCAGCAGGAAGCAUGUCUGUCACUUGUAUGUCACUUUGGACCAAGGAAAGUGGGGUAAAAUACUACCUGUACGUUUGACGUGAGAACUCACCGCCUCGGCAGCUGAACUAAAACCCUGAGUAGCCAUGACAACAACUUGCAUUUUCUUGAUGAUUCAUCUCAGGCUUGCACAGCCCCUGAAUUCAUUGCUCUUCCUCACACUUGCCUCAAGCCCAGCGUGGGCUGGAAAGUAGGCAGAAUGCUGAGUGGUAUCAUAGACAGCUUUCGGCUUGUCUGACUCUUUCAUUGAAUUUGGUCAUUUGGUGCAAGCUUGUGGUCUGCUCAGACCCUCUUAGGGAUGGAGUCCACAUCUGAAUGCCCUCUAAAGCCUGGCCCAGCUACUGUGGACCGGUGUUAGGAACAUGGCUAUGUUCACCUCCGCCAGGGAGCCCCCAUGCUUUCACAGGCCCAGAUACCAAAGAGUAGCUCAUUAAGUAUUGCUUAGCUAAAGAACCUUCCACUGAGGACACUGGGUCCCCCCUGAGGGGUAUACCCCAUCCCCUCCCCCCACCCCUCCUUCACACACCUGCAUUCUCUGUAAGCAGGCUGGCUACUUCUAAUAGAAAUUUUCGUGAACUGCAAUGAAAAAAACUGCCAUAAAAACUUCAAAUAAAAAGGAUGCUAUCCAGUGCAUUCCCCAUAGCACAAAUCGGAAAGGAUGUCCUCAGUUUAAGGCAGGAUGGUACUGAGCCCAAUGCACCAUUACUCAGCGUAGAGGAUGGUGAGGCUGUCGGUCAGCUUCAGCUUCAGUUCAGCUCCUUACUCGUGUUGAGACCCAGUUGUCUCUAAGUAAUUUUCCACAUUCGCCCCCUCACUGUGACUAGUUCUGCCUGCUCUGUCUCUUGGGGUCAUCAGUCACUCUGCCUCCCCUGGGGCAGCGCUAACUCAUGUGCCAGGACAUGCCCCAUCUGCCUGCUGUGUGAGGGGGAGAAGAGCGCAUUCUCUCUCCUCUCCUCUUCUGCUUGGCUGCCCCAUGCUAACACGAUCCCUUGGCUUUUCCUGCUCUCCUGAUGUUUCUCAUGAACCCAGUCCUUCGCCUCCACAUUUCCCCUCUGACAUUAGCAGUUCAUGCGAGUCAGGUAAAACACGCUGCAUCUCCCGCUGUGACACACACUGAUAAAAAGAGAAUUGUCCAGCCAGUUCCUGUCUGGUCCCAGCCACCGUCUUCACUGAUUGAGGCGCCCCUAGGCAGACCCUGGCUUUGCGUCCAUCUCUAGCCGGCUGUGGAGCAGCAGGCACUAAUGGCAUGCUCACUAACUGUGGCUGCAUUUGCUUCUUCGCUGCGCACCACACAAGAGCUUGAGUAUUCGUGUUGUGUGCUUGCUCCAGCCACUGCUUGUGUGAGCCGUUUUUUGUGCCUUGUAAUAGAAAAUAACCCUUUGCAUUUGAUUUCUCACAUCCCUAAAAGCUUUUUAAGAUAAGCUCAGCAAAAAAAAAAAAAUUUCAAAAACCAUCCAGUUGACUUUUUGAUGCCAAGAUUAUUGAUUGGAUUUCUUUCUCCUUUUUUUGGCAUUUAAUUUUUUCACAGUAAAAUGAAACCUAUGGAGAGUCAGGGAAUAAAAAAACUAUAAGAAUCCUAAGAAAGUUAAAAACAAAAACAAAACCAUAUUGCUUCUGAAACUGUUUCCUCCCACCGCGCCCAAGCCUCCCGUAGUUUUGUUACUGCUGCUCUUUUUCUUUCCGUAUCUGUGCCUUUCUUCACAGUAGUCCCUGGCUCUGCACGGAAUAAACGAUACUCUCAAAUCUAGUUGGAUAUGCUUUCGCCUUUGCAUGUAAGUACAGGACUAAGACUCGGAGAUCUUUCUGUUUCAGAUGAGGGAAAACCAUUGGGACAGCUGAGUUUUUCUUUUGGAAGGGGUCCUGAAGGUACAGUCUGAGUAAUCUUUUGUGGUUUUUUUUUUUUUUUUUUGUCCUUAAGUGAAAACAUCUAUACCGGCCACAUUUCUAUUUUGCCCCACAGUUUUUGCUUCCUCUUGACCUCAGUGAAGUAGGCAGGGUAUUGGUUCUGCAGAGCAUCAUGUGGUCGGCCUUGGAUUCUGACAAUGGGAGAAGGGAACUCCUGCCAACCACUGGAUAAAAGUCCAGAAAACAGUGUCUCUGCGGCCUUUCUGUAUCCUUAAGGUUUGGACCUUAGCCUAAUGGUCUCUCCUUUGUGCUAACUGCACAGUGGCCACUCGUUUUUAUUUUUUUAUUUUUUUGUCAGACAGCUUUGGCUGGCCUCUCCCUGAGCAUCUUUUGCCCCUUUCUGAGCAUCUGCGCCCCCUGUAACUCUCCCGUGCUGCAGGGUAUGACGGAAUGGCCAGCAGGAGAAUUCAGUGGCAGGUCAGGACUAUUUUCCCGACUUGGGCUCUGUAUUAAUUGGUCUCAAAGGGCAUCAUCUCUCAGCUAGGGGGACCAUUCCACUUGAUUUUGGGCACGGGUUUCUCGUUCUCCUCCUCUACUCACCAGCAACAGCUCUUGCCUCCUCUCCAUCCUCUGAUGGGUGGACUUGGCUGUCUCACUUUCCUGACACCCCCACACCCUAAGUGUUCCACCGAGUCUGUGUUCAGCCCCUCCCCCCAAAUCAUGCUGUCUCUGUGUGGUCCUACCGGAACUGUCCAUUUGAAUCCCUUGCCUUUGCCAUUCACAAGGGUCUGGACUUGUCAGGUGUCCGUUUUCAAAAGUCCUAGUUCCACUGACAGGACGCUUAUUAUGGAGUUGUUACCUGAAUUAUGACCUAUAGAGUCUAGUUUGUAUGUAGGUGUGAAGGGAAUUUUUGAAAAUAAAUUGAAAAUUAAGCUGUGAACAGCAUUAGAACUUUUGUCUACUUCUUGAUUUUAAAAUAUGCUGAUAUGCCUUAAACUGUAGUUGUAGAACUCUCGUUUUUGCUGUUUGAAGAUAACCAAUGUUUUCUAAACUGUUGUGUAUUCUUUCAGUGUUAAUGCAGAAUUGUCAUGUAUGUAAGCUGCAUGUUAGACACGUGUCAUUUUUAAGAACUAAAAUAAUUGUAUUGAUGUGAAGCGUAUCGUUCCUGCAAGUAUGAAAGUGCUGGCUCAGCAGCCCGCUGAGUAACUCCAGUGUCUGUGAACGUGGUGUGCCGCCAGGUGACCUAUGCAUUUAUCACUAGUGCCAAGACUUAAAGCGGGGAAAUAUAUUUUUACCCAACCGUU